CACAGCUGACUAUUUCACCAAGACCUCUCGCGGAGGAACAAGUGAUUCAUUCGCGUAAAAAGUGACGCGGAAGAAGUUCCUCCCCAUCUCUUCUAACUUAAAUAGAGCAUUUGUCAACCGUGGAUAUUUGUUCAAACGCUGUUUGUCUCUUUCGGACUAGUCUCCAAUUUCAGUAGUAUUUCUUUCUUUCUUUUGCUUCCUUUUUCUUUACAAUGGCUGAUACAACUGGGACCAGCCCUGCGGCUAACUGCCUGGAGAAACUGAAAAGUUACGCGAAGACCCCGAAAGGUUUCAUCCUCGCAGCAGAAAUAAUCCUCAGUUUAAUCGUCCUCAUCUGCUAUGCUGCAUCUUAUUACGGAGGCUACUCUGCCGUUGCCAUCGUCCAGAUGGUCUUCGCCAUAGUCUUCUUUGUCAUCUAUAUGAUGGAGUUGGACAAGCAGUUCCGAGUGGUCCACUGGGUCUGGAGUGAUUUUUUCCGUGCUGUAAUCGGCGCUGCCCUUUACAUCAUCACUUCGCUGAUUUGUGUCAUCGGAGGAGCUGGAGACGGAGCGCGUAUCGCAGGCGGGGUGUUUGGUUUGAUUGCUGGUUUGCUGUUUGCAUAUGACACUUACACCACCUACCUGCAAUUAAAGAGUAGUAGACAGGAAACGGCAGCUUCCACCGAUGGCAGAGUUUAAGCACGGCACUCCCUGCAAGAAUGCAGCAGGAGUACAAAAAGAGGACAUCAGUUCACACGUUAAUAAAAGAGGGGGUCAAUGAGGACGAUGGACAGUAAAAAAUGAGCAAGUGACAGUUUGAUCAUUGCAACUGUAUGGCAUGAACAAAUUAGAUGAAUGUUAGGGCCGUGUCUGAGAGGUGCAUGACGUAACCAAAGUGAGUGGUUCUGUAAAUCUGUAUCUGCAUGUGUUUUUAUCCCAGCCUCCAUACACCACUGACUAAAAAAGGGAACUCUGUCGAUAACAGGUGAUGUAAGACUUUGGUUGAUGUCGUUGAGCAGCUUGUCUUGAACACUUGUCUACUGUUAAUGGACUGCUGUAGUAAAUAGAUACUGUCUUAUUUGGACUUUGGAGUAAGUGACACAAAAAAUUGGUGCUUUAGUCAUUAUUUAACGUCGUAGUAAUGCCCUUCUUGACUUUUGUUAUUAGUGUUUUUAGCAAGAUUGCUUCGCUUUCAUUCUCUCUUAUUUAAUCACAGCUAUUCCUGUUACAGGGCUUUAAAGUCUCAUCUAAAUCACCAGUUUUUCCUUUAUCUUACUCUUUUCUUUUUUUCUUUAAUGCUUUUCAAUUCCUGAAUCUUAAAUAUUUGAGGUGGUCUGUUGUUAUUUAUCUACAAUUUUCUUACUGAGGUCAAUGGAGUGUCAUUUUGACCCUCCGGUGGUCAUUAACCACAUGAAUUACUGUGUCAUCCCCCACUUUACCCGUCUCCCUGUUUCUUGCUCAAGUUAUAAUUUUUUUUUACAUGUGUAACACUUUUUAAGGUGCAGAAUUUUAUUUUCUAUUGAUAUUUUGUACUGCUCAGUAAUAAAGUCCAGGUGUGGUUUUAUGUAUUUGUUCUGUUUUGACAAGGCAGAAGAUAAUUUUUUUUGUUUUUUUUUUAAGAAAAGAAGGUGAAAUUCAAUGAAGAACAAUUGAAGAAUGACAACACCAUGUUCUAAAGUUCUUUCUUCAGCCCUUUUUGUCAUGAUUGUUAUGUAUUUUCUAACUUGCUUUACAAGAAACUGCAACUUGUCAUUUUAUAAGUCAGAUCUGACUUUCUUGGAAAUAAAGCAGUUGUUAAAACAA